GGAAUCUGACCUUACGAAUCAGUGCUGGACCAUACACUGUCCACCUAAACAUGUGACGGGCCCGGAUUUUGCAUCAUGUUUAGGCUACCCCAAACAGCCUUAGUGUUGGCUCUCCUACUUAGUUCAUUAAAAGCAAGGACAACAGAAUCACCAUUUGAUAUCAUAGGGGGACCUAUUUUUCUGACAGAGCCACCUUCAUCUCUGCCCUUUGCCAACACCAAAGGUGCGUCCGUCCAGUGUACAGCCCACGGUAGACCUGCUCCUACUCUCGAUUGGGUAAAGGACGAUGAUACUCCAGUGGAAGAUGUACCCGGGAUCCUUCAAAUUUUACCAAACAACACAUUGUUUUUCCAUCCCUUUCAGCGGAAUGACUUUCGAAAUGACGUACAUGCUUCUUCGUACAAGUGCAUUGCAUACAACAGCGGAGGAAGAAUAUCUAGUCGGAGCAUGCGUGUCAAAGCUGUUCUGGUGGAAGACUACCUCACCUAUAACUUACAGCUUAGCGAUGUUUGGUCAGUGCGGGGAAGUACAGCCGUCUUCAAGUGUAAUAUCAACCCAUUCUUCGUCAAAGAUUACAUCCACGUGGUUGGUUGGUCAAAGGGAACAAAAUCUAUACAAGCAGGGGAUCGAGUGAGUAUACUGUCAGAUGGAGAACUACACAUCAGAGAUAUAAGGGAUGAAGACAGAUACACUACAUAUAAAUGUGUGGCGCGAAACAUCCUGACGGGCGACGAAAAGUUCAGCAAGAUGGCUUAUCUACAUGUACACGAACCUCCCGCUGGCUGGACACCUCCAAAGAUUGAUGACGUCAUGACACACGUGACAGUUAACGAAGGGGAGACAGUGGAACUGCCAUGUGUUGCCAGUAGCAAUCCUCUUCCAAAAUAUCGAUGGAGUCUUCAUAACAAGGAACUGGUAAUUGACAGCGUGAACAAAAUUCAGAGAGCUGGAAACCUCGUGAUUGUUGACGCCAAGGUCACAGACAGUGGUACUUACACAUGUAACUCUUCUAAUAGUCACGGAUCAGCUACCGGAACUACAGAACUUACAGUGCAAUAUCCUCUCUCUGCAACCAUAGACCCUCAGCAGCAAAAGGUCGAUUCUAACCAGUCAGCUGUCUUCAACUGCACAGUUCUGGGUCAUCCAAUCAAAUCAGUUUUCUGGUUGAAAGAUGGCUUCAAAAUAAUGCCCAAUCAAAAAUUUUCAAUCAAAGACCAAUCCGUGCUGACAAUUCACAGUGUUAACAAGAAGGACCAGGGGAUGUACCAGUGUGUUGUAAAGAAUGAAGAAACUAGUAGUCAGGGAACGGCACAGCUCUUACUUGGAGCUGCUCAUCCUACUUUUGUGGAAACGUUCGUGGAUCAGUACGUACAAACGGGUCAGAAAACCGCUAUCCGCUGUAUAGCGACCGGAAACCCUACUCCAGAAAUCACGUGGAAACUAGAUGGUGAACACCUUAAAGAAAACUCCGACAUCAAAAUCGGGAGCUUCCUCAAUCCUGCCGGUGACGUUGUUAGUUAUGUCAACAUUUCAAGUGUUCAUCUGCAAUAUGGCGGCGAGUACCAAUGCGUCUCAUCCAAUGAGGUUGGAACGAUUCAUCACGUGGGUCAAAUGUUUGUGUACGGUGUACCAUUUGUGAGACAAAUGCAGAACGUCACUGCUACAGCUGGAAAGAACUUGUCCAUACGAUGCUACGUUGCCGGAUAUCCGGUGUCUUAUGUCACAUGGUCAAAAGGGAGAGAAUCAAACAUUCUUCCACAAAAUCAUCGACAGAAAGUUGUCAACGAGACAUUGUUUAUUGAGAAGGUACAGAAGACUCAUGAUAUUGGGGAAUAUAUCUGCACUGCUAGGAAUUCCAAUGGACAAGGAAUGAGCCGCAGUGUGUAUGUCAGUGUUCUGGAACCCCCAAUGAUUGAUCCUUUUAGAUUUCCAAGAAAGAAACAAGGAGACAGAAUAGUUGUUUCCUGUGUGGUCAGUACUGGUGACCAGCCACUGGACAUUGUGUGGACCAAAGAUGGAGAAAUUAUUCCUCCAGAUAUGGGUAUCCACAUACAGAAGCUGAAUUCUUAUAUGACCAUGCUGUCCAUAGGAGAUGCUAACCCCAAACAUAAUGGAAACUACACCUGUAGGGCCAGCAAUGCAGCAGCUACUACUAACUACACAGCUACACUUCAUGUGGAUGUACCUCCUCGGUGGGUUAUGGAGCCAGGGGAUUCCUUUGUGAUUCUGAAGAACUCCGUAUCCCUCGACUGUCUCACCACUGGUACACCUGAACCAAUGAUCACCUGGAAAAAGGCUCUAGGAAGCAGACCAGGACACUAUCGAAUGAUAAACUAUGUAGAAAAUGACACAGCUACAACAGCCUCUAAACAACUGCUCAGCAAUGGGACAUUAAUCAUCCGAGGGGCAAGAGAAGAGGAUCAUGGGUAUUAUCUCUGUCACUCCUACAAUGACGUGGGACCAGGACUCAGCAAGGUUAUCUUCCUAAGAGUUCAUAUUCCCGCUCGUUUUGAUGAAAAGGAAAAGAACUACACAGUGAUAAAGGGUCAGAACAAAACUCUGGACUGUCAGGCGAUUGGAGAUCAGCCAUUGUCUGUAACGUGGAGCUUCAACUCACAAACUCUCAGCACCGCUGGUAUGGACAGAAGGCGAAUUGUCAACACUGUGGUUACAUCAAGAGGGAAGUUGUCCACUUUGACCCUGAGACCAGCAGAAAGGGGGGACACAGGCUUCUACGUCUGUACAGCCAAAAACAAGUUUGGUAAUGCAGUCCUAGCCAUGAGAUUAGUGGUUCUGGAACCCCCAGAGCCCCCAAAGAACCUGACCUUGAUCAAACAGACAAGCCGCAGUAUAAAAGUCAAAUGGCAGGCUCCUUAUGAUGGAAAUAGUCCCAUUCUCUUCUAUGCAGUUCAGUACAAAGUACAAAAAGCUGUGUGGCAAGGCAUAAUUCCCAAUGUGACUGUGAGUUCUUUACAGCUGAUUACGUCUAUUUCUGACCUACAUCCAGCUUAUGUCUAUGAGGUCAGAGUUGUGGCCAACAAUUCCAUUGGUUAUGGUAAUGCCAGCAAGAGCCUCUUAGUUAAGUUAGAUGAAGAAAAACCAUCUGGACCUCCUACAGAGGUCAAGGUCAAAGCUAUAGGGUCAGAGUCCUUGAGGAUAUCUUGGAUGCCUCCUCUGCCAGAAAAUCAGAACGGUGAAAUCCAGGGAUAUUACAUCGGAUACAAGGAGAGAGACAGCCAAUCACGAUUUAUCUACAUUACUAAAUCCAUCGAUGGUGAAUUCCUGCCCUCUGUAGAUAUUCAUAAUCUGGAGAAGUUUACAGAGUACACAGUCCAUGUUCAGGCCUAUAACCAGAAGGGAAGGGGCCCGCCAUCCCCAGACUCACAGGUCUUUACACUGGAGGAUGUUCCUAGCCAGCCCCCACAAGGAGUACAGGCCACUGCCAUUAAUUCCCGCAGCAUCAAGGUUGUGUGGUCCCCGCCCCCACUCUUCACUCUGCAUGGCAUCCUACAAGGAUACAAGAUCUACUACAAACCUGUACGCUUUGAUGAAGAUGAGAGUGAUGCCAAUGCUGUGGUGUCCUCAGAGCUGGAGGCCACCAUCACGGGUCUGUCUAAAUACACAAACUACAGCCUUCAGGUGCUGGCCUUCACCAGGAAGGGGGAGGGUGUGCGGUGUUCUCCACUGUUUGUCCUGACACAGCAAGAUGCUCCAGAGAGGCCAGCUGACAUAAAGGCUCUUCCUGUCAACAACAGCACAGUAAUGGUGUCCUGGAAACCACCACUCCAUAGCAACGGAAUUCUCACCAAGUACAAUGUCUAUGUCUACAAUAGCAGUUCUACAGAGAUGAUAGAGAAAGUAGAGUUACCUCCCAUUAAGACUUCAUACUACAUGAGUAAUCUUUCCCUGAAUGAAGAGAUACAAUUCGAGGUGUCAGCUAACACAAUCAUCGGAGAAGGGGAGAGAACUCAUAGUGUCAGUGCUGCUCCUCAAGAAAAAGUUGCUGCUCGCAUUGCCAGUUUCUCAGCUGUGAUGUUGAUACCAUGGCAACACACUUUAACCUUACAGUGUUUAGCGGUGGGAGAUCCUUCUCCAAGCAUACAAUGGAAAAUCAGAGGUAGAAGAUUUAUUGAGAGUGAGCGCCUUCAGAUUCUCAAGAAUGGCUCCUUGCAUAUCAAUGGAGUUCUGGGAAGUGAUGCAGCAAAUUAUUCCUGUCGAGCCACCAACAAGUAUGGCUCAGAUGAAGUCAAUUAUGCGAUUAGUGUUCAAGUCAGUGAUAAAUUAGCAACACCACCAAAACCACCCAGUUUAUAUGUCGUUGCUACGACAACAUCUACAAUUCAAAUCAAUUGGAGAUCAGGGAGUAAUGGUGGCAGCCCAAUCCAAGGCUUUGUAAUACACCACAAAAAAGAUCAUGAAACUUGGCAAAAGAUUGACGCUGGUCCUACCAAUCGCACCCAGACUGUGACAGGACUUUUGUGUGGUACUACAUACAAAUUUUACAUCAAUGCUCUGAAUCGCCUGGGGUACAGCCCAAACAGUGAUACCAUAUCUGUCAAAACCAAUGGCUCAACACCAAUUAUGCCCCCACAAAGUAUGCUUUUGAAGGUCAUAAAUGUGACUUCAGUUGACCUUGACCUCACUACAUGGAUCACAUCAGGGUGCCCUAUACGUUUCUUUUCUGUCCAAUAUAAAGUGUGGGAGGAUACCUCCUGGACAGAAGCCUCUAAUAAUGUUCAAAGCAAUAAGACAAUACAUACAGUAGAGGACCUUCACCCUGCGACCUGGUAUGUGAUGAAGGUCGUUGCUCACAGCGAUGCUGGUUCAACAGAGAGUGAGCUGAAGUUUGCCACACUCACUUAUCAUGGCAGGACCAUCACACCAUUGUUUAUCACUAAGAAAGAAGAGAGCAGUUUCUAUGAGAAGACGUAUAUAAUGAUUCCUCUCUGCUUCGGAAUAGUUGUCUCCCUUAUAGUCAUCAUCGCUGUGUUACUUUACCUUAGGCGGAGAAGGGAACUCAUUCAAAUGAAAGAGAGCGCUUCAAACUUGAGGAGAGACAUAACAGCAGAAACUUCCCUGAUGAAUGACCUUGACAAACGUUUCAACUUUGACUUUGAAGGAGGGAACAGCGAACCUUAUGGCAAGAGAAAUGUUAACCUCCUGAUUUCCUUUAAUUCGGAUGAAAAUCUCCAUAACAACAGUCCCACAUGGCUGAACAAUGGAUCCAGUAAAACUAAUAGUGAUAAUGGCUCCAUCAACAGAUCAGAUGAUGAUGGAAACAUCAACCCCUACGCUACAUUUAACCAGGUGAAACAGGUGAUGAUGGAGAAAGAACAGCAGCCUCCAGAACGGGAGAAAUCACCCGAGUUUGACGACAUCAGUCUACAGAAACUAGAGGCCCAGAAAGCAAUACUCUCCCCAUCAGAGCCGUAUGUGCCUUUCUUUCAUGCCAAGGGAGACAAUGGAGAUGUAGCGAAGGAUCCUCACCCUCCUCUGAUUCCAUUGAAGACAACAGAGGGAUAUGACAACCAAGGUCUGAUUCUGAGUCCUAGGAAGUAUGCCAGUGCAGACCAGAUUCAUGCUCUUUUCACCCAGGCUCCAGCUCGUCCUCACAGCUCCUACAGCAAGUCCCAGAAGUGCCCCUCCCAUUCCCACGGAAGCUCAGAUGAGAAAGGAAGCCAGAGGCAGAGCAUUAUAUCCAGUGUGACAACUGUCUCCUCCAGUAGAGACGAGCUUCUGGAGGCCCUGGAAAAUGCUAAGCACAACCCCCUCCCCCCUGUGGUGUAUGAGUCCCCACCAGACUCAAGUUCACAACCCACAGACAGCUCAGUGGGCACAGAGCCUGGUAUUGUUAAGUUCACACAGUCACCUCCCAAACCAAAUGAACAGAGGGAGGCUUCAUGUGAAGUACAUUAUACAAGUGAUCUGAAGCCAUCCAUCAAGAGAUCUCGUAAAGAGGCUGAGAGUGACACCACGGAGUGUGAAACAAAUGAGAGGCCUACGCAGCCUCGCAGAAUCAAAGGUCGUCGAAAUAAACAGAGGGGACAGUUGGCAAAGAGACAAGUUGUGCCAAGCUAUGUUCCAAGGACACAUAGUCGAACAAGCACAACAAGCAGUGAGGAGGUUACCUACACCUUUUCUGGACGCCAGUCCCCUCAUAGUCCCCCAGAGGGCUACAUGUCCUACAUGCCGGACAGUCAGUUCCCAGAGUCAGACAGACCUCCAAUGAGACGAGGGAGAAGAACCCCUCAUGCCAAAGUGAAGUAUGAUCUGUCCCUACAGACCCCUGGGACAGACGAGAGUCGCCCCCUAGUGAUGGCGGUGGCUCAGCCUUCAAUGUCCAGUCCUAAUGAGGAGGAGGAGGAUUCUGCAGCUGUCAGUCUUCUUAACAGACAUUACCGUCCAGUAGAGGCAGAGGAGGGGGAGAAUAAGGGACAGAAGAAAUCACGAGACAGGGGUUACCGGGAGGACUACACGCUGGUGUAAUGGACACUCUAUGACAGCUCCAUUGUCAUCUCAGCAGGCAUGAGAUGCUUUACAUAAUUAUUGCACUACAUAAUUCAUUAAUGUCACUUCAUGAGCUUCAAUCAUUUAAUAGUGAAGUGUUACAAGAUACAGAAGUCAAAUGCUUUACCCAUCAAAAUGAUCACCAUACAAUUUCUCAAAGAUUUAAAGCAUAUCAGCUAAUAUAAAGCAAUAUCAUAUGCUUAUUUAUCAAUUUGUAUGGUAUCUGCUUGGCAAAUCACUCAGUAUUGUUGACUGAGGUGUGAGGUUUUACGGGUGUGAAAGAUAUGCCAAGACAUUUUGAGGUGCUAUGCUUGGUUAAGUAUUGAGUCACAUGACCAAAAAUACAUGUAUUUUACUGCCUUCAAAGACUGAAGAAUUUUCAGGGAGUUUUUCAAAAGAUAGAGAAGUAAGGCUGUGAAUUUGUGACUGAUUCUUGUGUGCCCACGUUGUGACUGCAGUCACAGACAGUGAAAGUUCUCCUAUGCAGAGAAUGUGCAGCAGUUUUCCACAAUGGCGCAGAAUAACACCAAAACCUUCAAGUUGUGAUAAUCCAAAACAAACAUCUCGGGGAAAGAAUGGAGAGAAAUACACCACAAUGUUUACCAUUGUAAAAAUCAUAAAUCCAUGUGCUUUAUUAAGAUUAAUUGCACUACUUUGGUAGUUAUACAGUAUUCAGAAGUUGUUCCAAACACAAACAAGUCCCUUUAGUUUUCUGGUUUGUAUGUUUCUUAUUUUCUUGUGCAUUUUUCUUCAAGAAAUCCAUUGUGAUUGAGCUUACAUAGAAGUAUUCUAUUGUGAAGAAGUUGUCUUGAACUAACAUUAUUAUAACUAUACAUAUGAUGUAAAGAGUAGCUAUUACCCUUAUGUUCUCCUUAAUCAACAAGUCUUUUUAUACAUGCCAAAAUUGAUAAAAAAGUAAAACAAGGUGAUAUUUUUAUGAAGUUAUUGUAGUGUAUAAUAAUACAGUAAAACUUGUCUAAUCUGGAUGUUGUGUAUUCCGUAAUCUUGCCCAUUAUGAUAACUUUUAGUCCCUGUCGGUAAAUUCAAUUAUUAGAAAUGUUGUCUGAUCUGGAGUGUUGUCCAAUCAGAUUCUUUGGAAUGAGUCGUAUCCAGAUUAGAAAAAUUUUACUGUGUCUGCGCAAAAAGAAAACAAAACAAUCAAGCUGAAAUAUACAGCAUUAAAAUAUCCAGGGUCCUCUUAUUAUACAUGAAUGUAAAUAAUUCAAAGAUGUACAUAAGGUUUUCAAAACACUACUAGUACCCUGUAGCAGUAUUGUUGAAUUACUAUAAUAUUAAAGGUUGAAUUAAAAAUUAGAACAAAAAAUUACAUUUUGUCACAAAUGAUGAAAUCAUAGUUAUAUCAUGUCUCUUAAAUGACAAGCACCAAUCUAUGGAUGGCUGGACCAUGCUAUCUGUAUAUGUUACAUGUAUUGUCAUAUACUGCUUAAAAUCAUUUAAAAUGUAUUCUUAAAUAUAUGGACAUAUAUGUUUAUUAAAGUUUCAUUCAUUAAUGUGUAAUUUGAAAUUGAUCACUUUUUUCCUAAUGAUGUACAGUGUACCGAUGCUGUCUCAGUCUGAUUUUCAUUUUGCCCUAUGUUUGUAGACCAGUCAUUGUUGUAUUUAUAAUUGAAGACCUUAGGUACGUUGAUUUGCUGGUAUUUUAUUUUGAUUUUGUUGCUUUGUAUUUGCUAUACCUCAGUUGUUCCUGCUAAAAUCUAGUCAUAUUCACUGCCAAGUCCACCAUUCAUUUGUAUUUCCCAAACUUUAUUUAUAUUUUUACAUUUUGUUUUGUUUUAGUUUCAGUUUAUUUAUCAUGUAUAGUUUGAGUUACUUUUUGUGUAUAAACUUUAUUUUAUAUUUACUUUGAUUUUGUCAUAUACAUGUACUACAGUAUAUAUACAUAUAUUAUGUAAAAUAGUUGAAGAUGUCCAAGGAUGAAAAUAUUGUUCUACAAUUUUUUUUUUAAAUAUCAGAAGAAAAAAGACAACAUUGUCAUUUUCCUUUGUUUGGUAUUUAGAAUCAAUUCUUAACUUACCCAUCACGUCACAUCUGUUCUUCAAAGCUGUUUGACUCUUUUAUUUUUGAAGAUAAAAAAGGAAGUAAAGAGACCCUUUGGACAUGAAAUAAACUCCUACCCUAGUAGUUGUAAUAAAUUGUAUAGCUUACAUUAUAUCAGUCAUGUUACUCAGACAAAAUGUUAUGUAAUAAUUUGCCAUUUCACUCAGUUUAUUUUGUUUUGUUAUUUAUUUAUUUGUUUCAAUGGGAAAGUGCAAUAUAAUUGUUUUUUUUUUAAUUUUUAAUCAAUGCUUAGACUGUUGAGUAAUAUGAAACAGCUGUGUUAUUUUAGUGUACAUACUGGGCACAAAUUGAGAAAAAUACUUAACCUCUCUAUUCAAGUCAUUGAAAAAUAUUUUCAAAUGGCACAUUGAUGCUAUUAAAUGUCUAAAUAAUUAAAAUUUAUGAAACACAAAUAUGUACAUAUUAGAAAGAGCCAAUAAGACUUUGAAAGAUAAGUACAAUGUCAAAUGUAUGUAAAACAGAUCAAAGAUCUUGUGCAGAGUUUGUACCUUGUUUGUCAAUCUUCGAACUUUUGCUCAAUGUAUUACCUUUAGAUUUUUUGGCCAAAUUAUUGGGAUUUUGUAUUUUUAAAAAUAGCCUUGAUACAUCCAGAUGCUAUCUGAACCAUGUAGCUUUUCCUUAUGUCUGAUCAAUAUCUACGUCAGUAGAUGUUUGGUAUGGCUGUUAUACAAAAGUGUUUAAGUCUAGAAUGUGUAAAGAUUAAAACUAAUGCUAUAAAGAGACCCAUGUUUUCAGCAGUGAAUUGUGUUGUUUCUACUUAUGUAUUAGAGUUUUGUGAUGCCAAUCUGGUGCAAUAGAAUGUUUUUCAAUAAACUUGUCAAAGAA